GUGACAUUUACUGCUAAACAGCCAUCUUGGUUUACACAUUUGUGAGCGAGCUCGAUACAUUGAGUGAUACUUAGAAUUCUGAAGAGAAAAUGGCAGACACAUUGAAGUUUGGUCCAGAGUGGCUCCGUGCCCUGUCUGAUGGAAACACUGUUGCCUCGCCUCCACCAACACCGAGUCUGGGCAAGUUUAAACUGGCGGAGUACCGGUACGGGCGGGAGGAAAUGCUGGCACUGUUCCAGGAGAAAUAUGAGACACCCGCAGACUUACUAACGUGCCCGUCAGUCUGUUCGGAAGAAACGCAGAAACCACUGGCUUUAAUUCCGCUCUCCGAGGAAGAACAGAGGUUGAUGUCCCAGUCUGUGAACAGCAUGACAGUCCUGCGUGGAAUGGGGCGUGGCGGGCCGCCUAUGCGAGGCAGAGGUAUUUCCGACAGAGGAAGAGGAAGAGGUCGAGGCCGCGGCGAGGGCUUCAUGUCACGAGGAGUGUCGCUGGAGAAUGGGGAGACGGGAGGGGGAUUUGGUCGACCACCCCCGCGAACAAAUAAAGAUGGUUGGGAAGAAGUUGGUAAAAAGUUCGACCGAGGUUUUACAUCAAGAAGUCAAGACGAUGGAAUUCCUCCAGUUCGUAGGGAAUACACGCGGUCUCUAAGCAAUGACAACUGGCGGGAAAAGGAUGAAGAUGAUGAUGGAGAUUGGAGGCGUGUGGGAGUCAAAGACAGAUGGGGAGCUAAGGGCAGUUGGCGGGAUCCCAACUAUCGGGCAGGGUUUGAUCAAGACAGAAAGAUAAAUGGUCAGUAUAAAGAGAGAAUGCGUGGUGACCCAGAGGACAAAUCUGUGAAUCCUAGGACGAGCAGGAGCACUGAAUCCUGGGAUACAGAUGAUGUGCCAGAGUGGAGUGUAACUGGGGAUGAAGAUAUGGAUGGGCUGGGCACAUUCGAUGCUAGUGGUCAGUUUGUAACAACCGAUUUGAAGGAUGACAAUAAAGAAAAGAAUGACCGAGAAGAAAAACCAGUUUUGCCACCAGAAAAAGAUUCCGUUAACAUAUCAAGAAAGGUCGACAAAUUGCCCUCCAAGGAGGAAAAGUCAACAAAAGAUAAAGAUUCACAUGCAGAUGAGAAGUCGGUAACCAAAGACAGUGCUCCUAAAGAACAGAGAAAAGAAAGUGCUAAAAAAACAAAACCUAAAGAGAAUGGUUCUUCCGAGAUUGGUGACAAAACACCUAUGUCGCCACCUGAAGUGAAGAAAACUGAGAAGAAGAAAUUAAAAACAGAAAAGCAGACAGCUCCAACCCAUAAGAAGCAGUCUGCCGAGAGUUCAAAAUCAGACAGUCCUGUAGUAAAUAAAAAACACACAGCCGACAGAUCACCGAGUAAAGCGGGAAAAGAAACCAAAAGUUUGUCGAGCAAACCGGUAGAGAAAGAAGUUCUUGACAGGCUGGAGAAAGAAGCUGAAAACCUUGUGGCAAAUGUUACUUCAGAGGAAUCUGGUAAUGAGGAUAGUCCGGUAAAGAAAGAAGAGACAGCGCCAGUCUCUGUCGAACUAGCAGUGCAAUGGUUUUAUCGCGAUCCUCAGGGAGAUACACAGGGUCCAUUUACUCCUGACGAGAUGGCACAGUGGUUCAGUGCUGGUUAUUUCACAAUGAAUCUUUUGGUCAAACGUGGCUGUGACGAACGGUUUCAACAGUUAGGUGAACUCAUAAAGAGAUGGGGACGAGUUCCGUUCCUUGGUGGACCAUCACCGCCACCACUUCUGAACAAUCCUGUGUCGACUGCUGGAAAUGAAUCUGCUGUAAAGGCUCCUUCCCCCCAGCCUGUCCCUAUCCAGCCAACCCCACUCCAGCCAGGCCCCCCUCUCUCCAACCAGCUGGAAAUGCUGCAACAACAGUUUCUCAUGCAACAACUACUACAACAGCAGCUCGUUAUGAGACAAAUGACGAUGCAGAUGAUGACGGAGAUGCAGGAACAGGAAUCAUUCAAGGCUCUUCCGCCGGCGCAGCAGCAGCAGCUGGCCACACAGAUGUUGAUGCAGACGCAGCCACUCCUCUUCCAGCAGCUACAGCAGAUGCAACAGCAGCAGAAGACCGACAGACUUUCACCACAACCUGCUACUUCGGAGGCUGCUAACGACACAUCACCUCCCACAUUCCACAGAUCCACGUCACAACCAGUGACCACGGCCAACAUUCAGGACCCACCAAAUAUAUCUGGCUCUUGGUCUCAGCCAACCAGUGUCUGGGAUUUGGAGCAGCCGAAAACGAGCAUAUCACCCAAUGGUCUCCGGUCUCAGAUGGAAACACAACGCAGUUUGCAGGAGGACGAAGACCAGCGGAGAAAGCUGGACGAGUUUCAACGAGCGCAGGACGAGAUUCGCCGACAGCAGGAAGAGUUGGAACGACAGCGAGAACAGGUGAUGAGAGAGAAGGAAGAGUUGGAAAGACAGAAACAGAUGGAGUUGAAGAGACUGGAAGAGGCUCGUCAGGAUGAAAUCCGGAAACGGCGGGAGCAGCAAGAGAGAGAACGCCAGGAGAAGGAAGCCUCAGAGAGAAUCCUACAAGUCGAGAUGGAGAACCGACGAAGAGAGGAGGAGGAGAGACAGAGACGGGAACAGGAAGAGAGACAGAGACGGGAGCAGGAGGACAGACAGAGACGAGAACAGGAGGACAGACAGAGACGGGAACAGGAGGAGAGACAGAGACAGGAAAUAGAGAAGAGGAAGAGGCUGGAAGCAGAGCGUCACAUACAGGAGGCAAAGCGACAGAUGGAAGAAGCAGAGGAGAGAGAGAGGAGGGAGGAAAUGCUCCGACAACAGGAAGCACAAAGGCAGCAGGAUGAAUUCUUACGGCAGCAGGAACUGCAGAAACAGGCAGCGGAGGAGGAGAAGCAGAGACAGAUGGAGAGACAGAGACAACAGAUUCAGCAAGAGAUGCAGCGUCAACAGGAACAGCAGCGGCAGCAGCAAGAGGCCCUGUACAAACUACAGCAACAGCAGCGUGAGCAACUUGCACACAUGCAGCUUCCACCAUCAGCCAAGUGGGCUGAGAACGACAAUCGCGGAAAAUCGAAAUCGUCGCUGUCUCUCGCCGAGAUACAGGAGCAAGAGGAGCGAGAAAGACAGGAGAAGCAACGAGUCCAGAUGGAACUACAGCAACAGCAGCAACAACAGCAACAGAUCAUGUUCCAACAACAGCAGCAGCAGCAGCAGCAGAAAUCUUGGGCCAAUCAUAUGCAAACGGUAAACGUAGGCGAUGGUUUGAAGACGUUGCUGGAAAUCCAGGCCGAGCAGGAAAUGCAGCUGGAACAUGACAGAAAGAAGAGAAAGCCGCACCAACAACAACAACAACCCCGACAGAUGGCAACGGUGAAGCAAGAUACCGAAGACACUGCGUUCGGGACAUGGAAUGCACCGCCUGCCCCCGCACAGUCCGGCUGGGGAGACAACUCUAUCUGGUCCUCGGACAAAUCCACCGCACUCGGAUUCUGGGACGAUGCCAUCAUUUCUACCAGUAAAAAGGCUCCAACGAAAAACAAGGAUCAGGGAGAGUUUCCUGCCUUGGGAAAUAAGAAGCAGGUUCAAAACCAGAAGUCUGCAAACCGUUCAAAACCAAAAUCGAACAUUAAAGAGAAGGAGGUGGUGCAGAGAUUGUUUCAGUCUUCCAGACCGACAGAUGACUUCACCCUGUGGUGCGAGAAGGCUCUCAGCAGCAUGGCCUCGUCGGUUGAUGUUCCCACUUUCAUUGCCUUUCUGCAAGAUGUUGAAUCUCCAUAUGAGGUUCAUGACUACGUAAAAUCGUAUCUCGGGGAAUCGAAGCAAACUUCAGAUUUUGCUCGACAGUUUCUGGAGAAACGAAGUCACUACAAGAAUAAGGCUCGCUUGGAAAAGCAACAAGAGGAGGAUAGCAUCUGGGGCCCUGCCCCCGCUGUCAACCCCAAAGAGACUCGCUCAGCACUCACGGACGUGGAGAAAGCAAAAGGCAAGAAGAAGAAGAGGAUGCAGAAGAUCGACCAGAGCAUUCUGGGAUUCACGGUCCAUGCCAGUCAGAACCGCGUGAACGCGGGGGAGAUUGACCCGGCAGAUUGAGGGGUAGGGAGGAAGGGGGUCUCCCAUCUGGCUGAUUAAUUGGUUGCUUGAUUCAGUGGAUUGGUGUCAUCGUUUUCGUAGAGAUAAACCACGCACAGUUAGUGUCUUGGAAGUGUUUUUAACCAGCAGAGUGCUAUAUUACAUCUUGUGAGUCGUCUUUGUAACAGAUUGGGCUCUCCCCGUUUGGAUAUGGGACGUCGUCUUAAGCUUGUUAUUUGUUAUCACAGGACAGGCUCGUCCCAUUUGAAUAUGGGAUGUCAUCUAAGCUCGUUAUUUGUUCAUCACAGGACAGGCUCGUCCUGUUUGGAUAUGGAUGUCAUCUAAGCUCGUUAUUUGUUCAUCACAGGACAGGCUCGUCCCAUUUGGAUAUGGGAUGUCAUCUAACCUCGGGUUUUUUACUGUUGCAGGACAGGGUUGCGUUGUGCGGGAUGAAAACAUCACAACAUGAGUAGCUAACUGGCAGCUGUGCUCGUUUGCUUGUCAAACCGACAGGUUACCUGUGUUCAGUUACGUUUGUCACAGCAGUGGUGAUGUGACUGCGUACCCACUUAAUGUUAGUGAUGCUGCUGCUACAUGUGUUCUGGGUUGGUCAUAGCAUUGAGGUGGCUCGCCCACCUUUAUUGUUGGUUACGACAGUGUUGAUGUUCAUUCACACAGGCUGCAUGUGUUCUGUGUUGGUUACAACCAGUCUGAAUGUGUUUGGUGUUGGUUACAACAGUGUUCAACCAGUCUGAAUGUGUUGAUGUGGCUUCACAUGUUCUGUGUUGGUUACAACAUUGUUGAUGUGGCUUCACAUGAGCGGCAUGUGUUCUGUGUUGGUUACAACACUGUUGAUGUGAGUUGACACAGGCUGCAUGUGUUCUAUGUUGGUCACAGCAGUGUUGUGAGUUGAUACAGGCUGCAUGUGUUCUGUGUUGGUUACAACAGUGUUGAUGUGAGUUGAUACAGGCUGCAUGUGUUCUGUGUUGGUUACAACGUUGUUGAUGUGAGUUGACACGGGCUGCAUGUGUUCUGUGUUGGUUACAACAGUGUUGAUGUGAGUUGAUACAGGCUGCAUGUGUUCUGUGUUGGUUACAACGUUGUUGAUGUGAGUUGACACAGGCUGCAUGUGUUUUGUGUUGGUAACAAUGUUGUUGAUGUGGCUUCACAUGAGCUGCAUGUGUUCUGUGUUGGUUACAACAGUUUUGAUGUGAGUUGACACAGGCUGCAUGUGUUUUGUGUUGGUUACAACAGUGUUCAACCAGGCUGCAUGUGUUCUGUGUUGGUUACAACAAUGUUGAUGUGAGUUGACACAGGCCGCAUGUGUUCUGUGUUGACACAGGCUGCAUGUGUUCUGUGUUGGUUACAACAGUGUUGAUGUGAGCUGACACAGGCUGCAUGUGUUCUGUGUUGGUCUCAACAGAGUUGAUGUGACCACAGAUGUUGGGACAAGCAGGGGAAUAGUCACGCAGAUGAACUGAAUCGAAUAUCUGAUUCGAAUCUCGGGUUCAAGAAUUGUGAAGGAACAAGGCACAUGGAUCUAUUGAAAUGAUGGUGUAGUGAUGUUCUUGACUGUAUGGCAUUACCGAGCAGAGAGACAUUGUGAAAAACUAUUCUUAAGCAUCUGUGAUAAAUUACCUAUUUCACUGUGGAUAAAGACGGUAUAUUAUCUCUUUCAAUGUGGAGCAGAAUAAUACAUGAUUUAUUUCUUAAGCAGUAGCACAAUAUUUUAUCUAUUUCUUUAUGGAAAAAAACACAAUAUUUUAUCUGUUCCUUUAUGGAAAAACACAAUACCGUAUCUGUUUCUUUAUUGGAAAAACACAAUAUUUUAUCUGUUUCUUUAUGGAAAAACACAAUACCAUAUCUGUUUCUUUAUUAGAAAAACAUAAUAUUUUAUCUGUUUCUUUAUGGAAAAAAAUAAUAUUUUAUCUGUUUCUUUAUGGAAAAAAAAAAUUCCGUAUCUGUUUCUUUAUGGGAAAAAGACAAUAUUUUAUCUGUUUAUGUAAAAACACAAUACCGUAUCUAUUUCUUUAUGGAAAAGCACAAUAUUUUAUCUAUUUCUUUAUGGAAAAAUGCAAUACCGUAUCUGUUUCUUUAUGGAAAAGCACAAUAUUUUAUCCCUUUCUUUAUGAAAAAAUAAUACCUUAUCUGUCUCUUUAUGGAAAAAACCCAAUACCAUAUCUGUUUCUUUAUGGCAAAAACAAUAUUUUAUCUGUUUCUUUAUGGAAAACCCAAUACCGUAUCUCUUUCUUUAUGGGAAAAACAAUAUUUUAUGUUUCUUGAUGUAAAAACACGAUACCGUAUCUAUUUCUUUAUGGAGAAGCACAAUAUUUUAUCUAUUUCUUUAUGGAAAAACACAAUACCUUAUCUGUUUCUUUAUAAAAAAACACAAUAUUUUAUUAGUUUUUUAUGGGAAAAACACAAUACCGUAUCUAUUUCUUUAUGAAGAAGCACAGUACCUCAUCUAUUUCUUUAUGGAGAAGCACAAUACAUCAUUAUCCAUUUCUAUAAGGAAUAGCACAGUAUAUGAUCUGUUUCUGUAAGCCGUAGCACAAUAUAUUGUCUACUUCUUUAUGGAGAAGCACAAUGUUAUUUAUUUCCAUAAGGAGUAGCACAAUACCUGAUUUUUUUCCUUAAAGGUUAACCUCGUAAUAAAAUUGAUAACCUAUGAGCUGUACGGUUUAAAUCUACUUUACUGUAAAUGUAUUCACAAUAAUGGGUAAACAGUGUUAUUCCUUCUUAUGCUUUCACAUAAUUGCUGCAAAACAUCUUAUAAAAUACCUGGGGGCGGGUUGUAGCCCAGUGGUAAAGCGCUCGCUUGAUGCACGGUUGGUCUGGGAUCGAUCCAGCCAGUGCCAGUACCAUGACUGGGGGAUGGUGCAUAUAAAAGAUUGCUUGAUACUAAUUGGA